UUUCUAUUUUUUACACAGAACAAAAUCUCUCUCAAAGCUUCAAUUAGUGUUGUUUAUAACUAAGAUAAUUUUGUGUUUAACUUCCUUCCUGUGUUGGUGGACCUAAAUCUGGACCAAGAUAAAAAAGACUAAAAUGUUUAGUGGAAUCAGGCUGGUUGAAAGAAGACAAUGCAUUUUUUUAUGUUAAUCUGUUGCAGCUAAAUUCUACUUUGGCGAUCUGUGACAUUUAGGAUUUUGUGAACUAAAAUGCCAACAAAGAAGCACAUCGGCAGUUAUGUUGCAGAAGUGAUAUGUAUGUUUUUGCCUAUGUCUACCACAAACCGUGUUGCCCUGGACAUCCUCGUCACAAAAAUAGCAAGCACUGAUAGAAAGCAGUGAUGAUUCAAUUGCUUAGAACAACAGUAACAAAUGACUAGAGUUGGUUGAUCAAGUUUCCGGCUUGAUUAAAAAAAAGGUUGGAUAGAUUGUACUUAUGUGAUAGACACAAGUGCAAUCUAACCAAGCUUUUUUUUUUUGACUGAAUAUAGAAACCUAACCAACAAAAUCCAGCCCCUUUUUAGUGGUUCUUUUCUUUCAAUUCCUCUUAAUCUGACCAGUUUACUUCCGUGACAGCACAUUUAGCACUGUUAACAGCAUCAUGAGUAAUAACUCCUACAUGAACACCUCUGAUUUCUCUCUACCUCCUCGCACCUGGGUGCCUAACGGACUGAUCCCGGCGGUUCUGCUGUCCUGCUUUCUCCUAGGAGUUCCUGGAAACAUCGCAGUGAUUCUUUUAAAGCCCAAAUGGCAGAACAUGUCCCACCUGAGCCAGAGUUUGAUGCUCAACUUGGCCAUUUUUGACCUGCUCUCUCUGCUUACUCUCCCACUGUGGAUUUACGCUCUGCUCAACGCCUGGAUAUUCGGCCUUGAAACCUGUAAGCUUUUAGGAUUUCUUGUGUACUGCAGCCUUUAUGGCAGCUUGCUGACUGUGACAGCGUUGGGUGUCCAGCGGUACGUUGUGGUGGUGAACCAACGGAGAUGCGCUCAGGUACAAAAAAUCCACCUGCUGGUUCCACUCUGGUUUGGCGCUCUGAUCCUGUCUAUCCCUGCUUUGGUGACGGAGCAGGUGGAAACUAAAGAGCAGUGGACGUACUGCUACCCUCAGUUUUCAUCUCGGGCUCAGGGAUUGGCAGUGCUGCUGUCAGAGACCACAUCUGGCUUUGUUUCCUUUUUUGUCGUGGCCUAUUCCUACAUUCGCCUCCACAGGAGGAUUAGACAGGCAACCUUCUUCAACAAUCCACAGACGACCAGGCUGUUGACCAGCAUCAUUGUAAGCAAUUUUGUUCUGUGGUCUCCCCUUCAUACCAUAAAUGUACUGGCCCUGGGAGCUAUCUGCUUCAAAAAUGACAGUUUGUUGAUGUCUUGUGUGAACAUAUGGGACAUUGUCAAAGCAAUUGCUUUUCUAAAUAAUUGCAUUAACCCACUGCUGUAUGCCUUUAACUUCCAUAAACUGUGCAGAGUUUGCAUAAGCAAGAAGAAUCGGCAUAUCCUUCACCAACACUGGAAAUAA